GGAACCGCCCCGGGAAUCGCUAGUCUCUGCUCCUGGUCCCGGUCCCGGUCCCGGCACAGCGGCCUGGCCCCGGGGAGGAUGAGCCGCAUCUACCAGGACAGCGCGCUCCGGAACAAGGCGGUGCGGAGCGCACAGCUGCGCGGGGCCUGGGAGCCGGCCGCCCACCAGGGGGGAAAUGGUGUCCUGCUGGAGGGAGAACUGGUUGAUGUAUCUCGGCACAGCAUCUCGGACGCCCAUGGCAGGAAGGAGCGCUACUACGUGCUGUACGUCCGGCCCAGUCACAUCCAUCGCCGGAAGUUCGACCCCAAGGGAAACGAAAUCGAGCCCAACUUCAGCGCCACCAGGAAGGUGAACACGGGCUUCCUCAUGUCAUCCUACAAGGUGGACGCCAAGGGGGACACGGACAGACUCACGCCCGAGGCACUGAAGGAGCUGGUGAAUAAGCCGGAACUGCUCGCCCUGACGGAGAGCCUCACGCCCGAGCAGACCGUGGCGUUCUGGAUGCCCGAGUCAGAGAUGGAGGCCCUGGAGCUGGAGCUGGGGGCCGGGGUUCGGCUGAAAACCCGAGGCGACGGCCCCUUCGUGGACUCAUUAGCCAAACUUGAGGCUGGAACAGUGACCAAGUGUAAUUUCGCUGGUGAUGCAAAGACGGGCGCAUCGUGGACCGACAACAUCAUGGCCCGGAAGUCUUCCGAAGGGGCCACGGCGGAGACCCGCGAGCAGGGGGACGGGGCAGAGGAUGCGGAGUGGGACGACUGAGGUUCCUGGGAGAAGCGGUAACCCCGGGGCUCACCCGAGCUGAGAAGUUCUGCCAUCGACUUCCAUUCUGGAGUUCGAGGAAGAGUCCCCGCAGCCUUACUCGCUUUGAACAAGCCGUGCUAAGACCAAAUCCAUAGCCACACCCUUAGCAUCAGGGCCCCUGGCCCUCCCUGAGGGGAGUGUAGCCUCCUAGUUUCAUGACAACCACGGCCUGAGGGCAGCUGUGUCUCUGGAGGCAGGUGGUGAGCGAGUGGAGUGCCUGCAGCGAGGUCAGAGGAACUGGGCUUGGUCUUGGUGCAGAAUUGGGGAACAUCCCUCUUGCAUAUGCAAAGCAGCUCGGAGGAGGCUCCUUCCUCUGCCCUGGUAUUUUCCGCGUUCCUCCCUCACCUGCCCUCCCUGGUGCUCUGGGCUGGGGUCUCUGCUCUCCUGCUCAGGCCUCCUGUCCCCUGCGCCCUCUUCUCUCCCUGAAGCUGCCCGUUCUCUGUUCCUCCUCUGGGGCUCUGCCACCUUGGGGGUUCCUGCCUCCUGGCCUCCCUGUCUGCUUGCCUGGGGAUGCUGUGCCCAGGUGUGGCUGGCUGGUCCUCACCUCUCAGAUACACUCUGCCAGGCCACAUUUUUGAUAGCACCUUUUUUUUCUUUUUCUUUUUUAAACAAAGCAUUUUUAUUUUUAUUUUUUUAUUUCAGAGAGGAAGGGAGAGGGAGAGAGAGAUAAAAACAUCAAUGAUGAGAAAGAAUCAUCAAUCGGCUGCCUCCUGCACGCCCCACUACUGGGGAUGGAGCCCGCAACCUGGGCAUGUGCCUUGACUGGGAAUCGAACUGGUGAUCUCCUGGUUCCUAGGUUGAUGCUCAACCACUGAGCCACACCAGCCGGGCAUUUUUUUUUUUUAAUCUUUAUUGUUGAAAGUAUUACAUAUGUCCCCUUUUUCCCCCAUUGCCCUCUCCUCCCCCUCUCCCCCCAGGCCUUCACUACCCUAUUGUCUGUGUCUGUAGGUUAUGCAUAUAUGCAUAUAAGUUCAUUGGUUGAUCUCCUCCCCUGCCUUCCCUCUGAGGUUUGACAGUCUGUUCCAUGUUUCUAUGUCUCUGGGUCUAUUUUUUUUUAUAUAUAUACUAGCGUUCCCGUUGCAGGAAAAAUCCUGCAAUAGGAU